AUGGCCAAGCGCACGACCAAGGUCGGUAUCACCGGCAAGUACGGUACUAGGUAUGGUGCCUCCCUGAGGAAGCAGGUCAAGCGCAUGGAGGUGUCGCAGCACGCCAAGUACACCUGCACCUUCUGCGGCAAGAACACCGUCAAGAGGACCGCCGUGGGCAUCUGGCACUGCGGUGCUUGCAAGAAGACCAUCAGCGGCGGCGCCUACGUCGUCGCGACCCCUGCCGCCUCCGCCGCCCGCUCGACCCUGAGGCGUCUGCGUGAGAUUGCCGACGUCUAA